CCAGCACAGAAAAUGGCGUCCGCAAAGCCUGUGUACUGCUGUGGCUUGCUACCCGUUUAAAUCACAGCCGAGUUAGGGGGGUGGGGGGGGUCCUCUCUGUCUGGCAGAUGGACGAUAAUAAUAUGGCAGUGCGCUGCUGCCGUCAGCUUUCUUGAUCCCGGAAUCGAACCCGCAACUUCAUGUCCGAAGGAGCCAGAGCUGCCUGGUCGAAGAGGGGUUGUGGGGAUUCGCACCGCCGAGGUGAUUGACGCUCAGAAAAGGGACUUUGUUAGCAUCUACUGGACACAAGGGGCACUGUCCUCUGAUUGGCUCGGACAACCCCCUCUGACAUGCCCGUGGCCAAUCAGAGGUGUGUUAUGUCGGGGGCGGAUGUGGAGGUGUACCUGUCCCAGGUGCACGACGGGAGCGUGUCGUCGGGCUUCCGGGCGCUGUACGAGGAGCGUCUGCUGCUGGAUGUCACGCUGUUGAUAGAGGAGCACCACUUCCAGGCCCACAAGGCGCUUCUGGCCACCCAGAGCGACUACUUCCGGGUCAUGUUCACAGCAGACAUGAGGGAGAGGGACCAGGACAAGAUCCACAUGAAGGGGCUGACAGCUGCUGGGUUCGGCCACAUCCUCCGAUUCAUGUACUACGGCUCGCUGGAACUCAGCAUGCCCACUGUCCAAGAAAUCCUGCAGGCGGCCAUGUACGUCCAGCUGACGGAGGCGGUGGAGUUCUGCUGCUCCUUCCUGCUGGCCAAGAUCUGCCUGGAGAACUGCGCCGAGGUCAUGCGUCUCCUGGAGGACUUCAGCGUGGGCGUGGAGGGCGUCCAGGAGCAGCUCGACAACUUCCUGCUCGACAACUUUGUCCCCCUCAUGAGCCGACCCGACUUCCUGUCCUACCUCAGCCUCGAGAGACUGCAGGCGUACCUGAACAGCGAUGCUCUGAGUCGCUUCCCAGAAAUCGAGCUGUACGAAGCCGUUCAGGCGUGGCUGCGGCACGACCGGCGGCGCUGGAGGCACACGGACACCAUCGUGCAGUCCAUCCGCUUCUGCCUCAUGACGCCUGCCAAUAUCUUUGAGAAGGUGAAGACGUCAGAGUUUUACCGUUACUCCAGACAGCUGAGGCAGGAGGUGGACCAGGCGCUCAGCUACUUCCAUGAUGUCAACCAGCAACCUCUGGUGGAGACGCGCUCCAACCGCAUCCGCUCCGUCCGCCCCCAGACCGCCGUCUUCAGGGGAAUGAUUGGUCACAGUAUGGUCAACAGCAAGAUCCUGCUGCUGCAGCGCCCCAAGGUGUGGUGGGAGCUGGAGGGACCUCAGGUGCCGCUGCGACCUGACUGCCUGGCUAUUGUCAACAACUUUGCCUUCCUGUUGGGCGGAGAGGAGCUGGGGCCCGAUGGGGAGUUUCACGCCUCCUCCAAAGUCUACCGCUACGACCCGCGGCAGAACUCCUGGCUACGCAUGGCUGACAUGUCCGUUCCCAGGUCGGAGUUUGCCGUGGGCGUCAUCGGGAAAUUUAUUUAUGCCGUGGCGGGCCGCACGCGAGAUGAGACCUUCUACUCCACGGAGCGCUACGACAUCACAGAGGACCGCUGGGAGUUUGUGGACCCCUACCCUGUAAAUAAGUACGGUCACGAGGGAACAGUCCUCAAUGGUAAACUGUACAUCACUGGUGGUAUCACCUCGUCCUCCACCUCCAAACAGGUGUGUGUGUUCGAUCCGGGACGGGAAGCGGGAGGCGGGGGGGGAGGAGGAGGGAGCUCGGGGGGCUCAGACGCACACAGGACACGUGCCGGCCGAGGCCCGCUGCUGCCCGGCACUCACGCCAGCUGCUGGGAGAACAAAUCCAAAAUGAACUACGCCCGUUGCUUCCACAAGAUGAUCUCCCACAACGGGAAGCUGUACGUGUUCGGAGGGGUGUGCGUGAUCCUGCGGGCCUCCUUCGAGUCGCAGGGCUGCCCGUCCACGGAGGUGUACGACCCAGAGACUGACGAGUGGACCAUCCUCGCCUCCAUGCCCAUUGGGCGCAGCGGCCACGGGGUGGCAGUAUUGGACAGGCAGAUCAUGGUGCUGGGCGGCCUGUGUUACAACGGCCACUACAGUGACUCCAUCCUCACCUUCGACCCUGAUGAGAACAAGUGGAAGGAGGACGAGUAUCCCAGGAUGCCUUGCAAACUGGACGGUCUGCAGGUGUGCAGUCUGCAUUUCCCAGAGUACGUGUUAGAGCACGUCAGACGCUGCAGCUGAGGUCUGCUCCACAACAAGCCUCCUUUUAUAGAACUGGGAAUGCACUGUUCAAGGACUGAAGUCUCCCGCUGGGAGAUCAGGUGUUUACAGGUGGGACACUCUACUGAUGUGCAGGCUUUUAAAUUAGAGACCAGCACUUACCCAAGGUAAGGAAAAGAUGGCUGGGGCCAUAGAUUUGCUCUUCUUAAUGAAGGCAGUCGAAGCGUGGCGUGGUGAGACGUCACAUGUUAACAGUCAGCUUGAACAUUUUCAGAAUUAGCUUUCUCAGAAAAUUAAGGAAAAAUACUUGUGGGGAGAAAAAAAGGUUUGAUUCUGCUGGUUUAUGUUUGGACUGUGGUCAGUUUCCUAUUCUACUACUCACCUGCUGUAUUUAGGCUGUCCAGUCAGGCUUACUGCAGAAACGCACUGGAAGCGUCAGAUUCGUCCCUUUACCGAGGGGGGAACCUGUAUUUCUUUAAUUUCGCCAGUCAAACAAACCGGUAUCACCAAUCUCAUUUGAAUUAGGUUCCUCCGCCUGCUUCCUGAGAUUCCAUAGCAGCCAUCGACCUAUUUAAAGGCAAACACACAUCCUGUAUAUCUUUAAUCAAGUUGUUCUUGUUUAGAAAUAGGUUAGUGAAAGCCAAGACGUGACUGCGGCUAUUUCGAACAAUCAAAAAAAAUGCCCUAUAAGAUAUAUAACAGCAAGUUAAAGCAUAAAAUGAGGUAUUUAAACAAAAUAUAACACUAUAUACUGUAGUGUAGUUCAUUUUAUAGCCUGUCUCCAAAUAUACUGUACGAAGCAGACCGUAGAGAAAGGAGACCAUUAAACAGAUACUAUGACCAUGUUGUUACAGAUGCUGCUGCUGCUUCACUCCGCUACCAGCUGUGAUCUGUCGGAUUGCAAAUCGAUUAAUUCAGGUUUCGCUUCCAGUGCGUUCCAGCUUUUUAGUCCUAAUUCUGCUCUUUACUCCCAGAUAUCCACUACACUGUGCUCAUGUUCAUGUAACAUCACCGUGUCUUUCUGUAACACUCCCCCCCCCGACACACACACACACACACACACCCCUUCAUAUUUGUGUGUGCCGAUGAGAGAGAGAGUUGAAUGCAAGAUUGAGGCUAAAAAACACAAAACUACAUGGUACACGAAGGCUCGUUCCUCAUCCGGUGAUGGUGACGGUGUCGUAGGAUAAUAGUGAAACGAACGUGUACACCGCAGAGGCAAACGUGCUCAGGAAAGAGAGCUCUUUGUCUCGGAGCAGUCCCGUAUCUGUCUAGUCACUGGCAGUGCUUUACUUACUCUCAUCUACAUUCCCAGCACUUUAUCGGUUCUCAUUGGGUGUAAAUGCACAGUUUGCCAGCUAAACUUCCAAGCAGCUGUAGUAUUACAACUGGAGACAUUUAGCAGUGUCUGAAAUUAACCUUCUGGCUGACGUGUCCAGGUGAACUUAACGUGUGCCCACCGUCAAAAUAUGCAGCUAGUUAAAAUACUUAAGAAACACCAGGCCGCACGGAAGAACAAUUUCGUAUUCCUGAGUUAAGCCUCUCUUACUUUCUUCUGCAAGAUUUGAAACUAAUUGAUCAGCUCCGUGUGCUGGUGUCAAUACGGUGAAACUAGAGGAAUCAAGACAAUUGGAGAGUAUUAAUGGUACAGAUGUAAGCAACCUGUUAUCAGAGCAGAGCUGAUGAUCUAACACGAGGCUAGAAGCUAAACGUCGUCUUUCUAAAGCAGAGCGGUCCACGACUAAUGUGAGAGGCGGUCAAGGGGGAUGUGACGGUCACAGAGGUGUUGGAAAAGACGAUAUUACGGCCUGAAGUAGGGGAUGUUGAACUGUCGGGUGCAACAGAGGAUGACAAAAAACAAGAAAAAGACAAGAAAAACCUGCAUAGGAAUGAGAGAAUUUUCCAACAGCUACUGACAUGUAUACGUUUCUGUGCUGAAGUAUGCCAAAAAAAACACCCCCAAAACCUCUCAGUAAAUUGGUUAACCGUGAUGCUGAUGACAAUACGUUGAAUAGAACAUUCAUUUUGCGGUACUUUUGCCUGUGGAGAAAGGUGGACCGUACGCACACGGCUCGUAUGACAACAGAAAAUUCUCCGUGAAAUUGCCAAAAAUCCUCUUAAGCGUCCUCGUACGUGCCGGUCAAGAUCAGAUCCGUGCAUACGAGCGGUUCUUGCAUGAGGCCCACGGUUCGUCUCUUUACCCGGUAACUAAUCUACACGUUUCGUGUUUGUCGCGUGCAAAACCAUGUUCUGUGUGUUUGAAUUUAAGCUUCCCACACAACCAGCAGAGCUCAGUGGAACCAGGGCUGCUAUUUCAGCUGUGAAUGACUCAGAGAAUUACCAGCCAGUGUUUUCAGAUGAUCUUUGUCCGCCAAAGCUGAGUUUUACCAGCGUUUUUGGCAGUCGGCUGUGUUAAUUUCAGACACUGAAAUAUCACCUGGAGCGAACUCAGCCAUAUGAGAGGCGUUUAUUCAGCAGAUGCAAAAUUUCUGUUGCCAUAGCUUUCACAUCCAAGCAAUCCAGCGCCUCGAUCAUGCAGCCCAGCAAGCCCUGCUGGAUGAGCAGCUCCCAUGUUUUGGACCUUGUCCUUUCUGGAUAUUUAUUUUUCUUUAUGAUUAUUAUUUGUUUUUGUUUUUUUGUUUUUUUUUUUAAUGAGCCAACUGUGAAAAGGGCUAGAGCACAUACUGAUGCAGUUCUGUCUGUCAGCCAUGUGUGUAAGCUAUUUAUUUUCUGAAGUAUUGCUUCUCACCGAGCUAUGCAGUAACAGUACUAGGGUUAUUUAUUAUGACGAGAAUUUCAUUGUGAAUCGUGUUGUUUUCAGAUUGUACCCUGUCUUCUUUCCUUGUCUCAUCCUCAGCCGUCUGUCCGUUUCCACCCCAGCAGCACUGCAUGUGGCUAAUGAAUGGAUUUCCUCCAGUGUGAAGUGACCACAUUCCCUAGAAGAAGGGUUAAUAAAAUGGGCCUAUAGGGGAAAUAUUUGAAAAUUUAGUUCUGUUUUAACACAUGAACAGGUACAUUUUAAUGCAGAAUAGGGGGGACAUUUAGAGUUACAGUCCAUUCAUUACAGUCUCCAGCAUCUUUAUAUUUUCCUGUAUGCAAAUGAUCAUUCACUGGAUGUUAAAUUUACAGGUUUUUCAUCAUUUUUCUAAAAUGCAAACUUCUUGGUAGGUGGCAUGUUUUUAAAGGGAUCAGACUUGAGUUUCAUCCUGGUUUGAAAACACUCUGGUAUCAUCCUUUAAUUCAUGAUUCUUUGUAUCGACGUUGUCCCGGUUGUCCACGCACAAACCUCUCAAGUCCUGAGCCGUAGCUCUACAGUGUCGAAGCAGUGCACCGUGGGUUUGUCUUUUAGGGGGAGAUCUUCAACGCCUGGUGUAUUCUCCCCAGAUUUCAAAACUUUUUUUUAAUUUAUUGUCAAGAUUCAGGUUCAAAACACUUCACAUUCUUUUCUUUUUAAUGUCCACAGCAUUGUACCUCCCACUCUUCACGUGGUACUUUCCCAUUUUUGCACUUGUUUUUUUUCCUUGGGACUUCUUUUUCUUUUUUUUUUUUAACACCUCCACAACCAUGAAAAUAGAUAAAUCACAUGUGCUGAACACACAAAAUGAUCACACUGUCCGGUUUGGAAACAAGCCUCGUUCACUCCGCAUACCUUUUACGUUUUCUUACGUGUCACCGUACCCUGCAGCUGAUCGCAUGGACAUCACGUCCGCCACUCUGCAGUCCUCUCGCUGCUCCUCCUCCUGUCAUGUUGCUGUUUAAAGAAGAAAACGUUUAACCGAUUAAAAGAACUACUGUCCUGAGUUGAGGCACAUUCAGUCAUAGCGCAGCAUCCUUUAGUCCACCAGUCUUCAGUCUGUCAGUAGGAAAACAGAAUAGAGGAUUAAAAAAAACAACAAAAAAAACCUUGCUACAACGACUGUAUCCGAAAAAGGAAGAAAAAAAUCAGAUUACGUUAUCUUAUAAUCUGAGUAGAAACUCUUUGGAAACGAUUUGUAACUUCUUUCCAGAAAUAAAUGUUCAUAUUGGUCGACUUUCA